UCCCGCAAAAUUUGCAGAAAUUUGAAUAAUCGAUCGCCGGCCAAGAAAGCUAGAUCAUGGAGGUUCAGAACGCAGAUGUGAACAGUCCCCAGACGUGUCCGAAAGCGGUGACCGUUCGCCGGAACCCUCACCGACGUGCUCGGGAUACGCCAUCAACGAACAAUCCGCCCUCAUUUCUUAAGCCAAACCCAGUCCGCAGCAAUAAUAUCUCUUCAUUUCCUAUUCAAGAGAUUUUGUCUAUUGAUGUAAAUGCAGACCCGAAGUUAGAUUCAGUAACGACAGAAGAACAUCUACCAGAGAAUCUCAAAGUCUAUCUGAGAAUCCGGCCGGUGGUCAUUCAGAAUAGUGCUGGAAAGAAGGCAAAAUCAGGAGCUUCAAAAUUACAGGCAAAGAAUGUUUGGCCUAAAAACCCUAGAGCCAAGAUCAAUUUGGACAAGAGGUUGAAGACAAACAGCAAUAUUUGCUUAGCGGUGAACGAUUCACACUCAGUAACGCUCGUACCACCCUCGAAAUUGCAAGACACCAAGCGGACGAAAUACGAGGUUUAUGAAGGUUUCUCCGAAGUAUUUUCUCCUGAGGCGUCUCAGAAGGAAGUAUAUGAGAAAAUGGUGAAUCCUUUGGUUGAUGAUCUUCUCCGUGGAAAGAGUGGGAUGCUUGCUGCUUUAGGUCCAAGUGGCUCUGGGAAGACACAUACUAUCUUUGGAUCUGUGAAGGACCCCGGUAUGGUCACACUUGCACUUCAACAACUGUUCUCUGAAGAUGGCGAUAAGACUAAACCACCAAGGUUAUAACUUCUAUUCAGUUCAUGGUACCUCAAUAUGACCGCUUGUGAUGCCCUGUAUAUUUUGUUAUUGUUACUGACCACUGUUAUUAUCAGGUGAAUGCAGAAGUUAAGUUUCUAUAAUGCUCAAGGCAUCUGAAACUCGUUUUGACAGGAUUUGAAAAUUUUGUUAUUGUUAUAUGGAGCUUUUACUAUGAAAAACUCUGUACUAAUUCCGGUGUGUGUCGAAAGAGCAAGGAUUCUCCUUUGCAUUUUGCAAAAGUCUAUGUUUAAAAAAUAGGCCACAUCCACAUCAUCACACACAGAAGUUAAUUCUGUGUAUAAUUCUUGAUUAAUGCAAUUGAAACUCUAGUUGGUGGACACUUUUUUUUUGAAAAUCUUGUUUUGGCUAUUUGGACGUUUUUUAAGUUCUGGUGUUUGCUGGAAGAAAAAGGAUUCUCUACCAUAGUGGACAUUCCUGUGCUAGGUGCUAAAUUUGUGGUAAAAAGAACAGGCCAAUCACCGUUCAGUGUAUUUAUAAGUUUUAGUUUGAACUUUGGAAUGAUUUGACCUGUUUUUCUGCCACAAAUCUAGUAGCGAGUCCACUGCUGCACAGAUUAGAGGAUUUACCACCUUUCAAUGUUCGAAAUUUGUUCAGAGAAAGGGAAGUCUGAGAAGAUAUUUGAUUUAUCCCAAGAUAGUACUGAUUUAUGCAUACAGCACACAUCCAUUAAAGGCUUGCAUGAGAUCAGAGUUAAUGACAUACAACAGGCUGAAACCAUAAUAGGACGUGGUUUGUUAAGGCGCGCAACAGCCAUGACAAAUUCCAAUAGUCACUCUAGUCGCUCUCAGUGCAUAAUAAACAUUCGCUGUGGUCACAAAAAGGGCGAUGGGGAAGUUAGUGAAGAGUCAAAUGGCUCUAUCUUGACAAUAGUUGACCUUGCAGGGGCUGAAAGGGAAAAAAGGACUGGAAAUAAGGGGGCUAGGUUGCUUGAAAGUAAUUUUAUCAACAACACAUCUAUGGUGUUUGGACAGUGUUUGCGGUCUUUGCUGGAACAUCAAAAGAACCCCAAAAAGCCACUGCAGAAACAUUUUCAAAAUUCUAUGUUGACAAGAUACUUGCGAGAUUAUUUGGAGGGAAAGAAGCGGAUGGCAUUGCUAUUAACUGCUAGAGCCGAGCGAGAAGAUUAUAUUGACACUUCUUUUCUUUUAAGGCAGGCUUCACCAUAUACAAAGAUAAAGUUUGACUGCAUUGAAGAACCGUUAAAUUUAAAUUGCAAUAAAAGGGCUCGUCAGACAGUCCCCAUGUCAGACCAAAUCAAAAGAAUGAAGAUGGGUGACAUUGAAGCUCUCAAGCCUGGUCGAGUAAAGAUGGGACAAGAUUCCUCUCUUAUAAAAGAAGAGCACAUUGCUAGAGGGGUUGAUGAUAAAAAGUUGAUAGAAGCUUCAAUACAUUCAGAACAAGAUUUAGAUGGUGCAAAUGUCAAUGACAGAUUUUCAGCUAUGGCUGUUCAAACUAACAUUGAAGGGAAAGAUAGACAGUAUCAGGUCUUACUGGGGUUUUCAAAGGCACUAUGGAAACUCUUAAAGGACUACAAGAAAAAACUUGAGGUUGCUGAGAAUGAUAUUUACUGCCUUAGGGAGGAACUGAAGGACUUAAAAAUCCAGCAUUCUUCUAAAACUGAAGAUUGCCAACCAACUGUAGCAUGUAAGUUGGGAAAGACUCUUCAAGACUCAAAGUUAGAAGAUACUAAAAUGGAAAGCACUUCUUUGGAAUGUGGAUCAACCAAUGUCAUGGUAACUUUAUGCCAGUCCAAUGAUCAGAAAGGCAAAAACCCCAUAGAGAGAACAGAUACAAUACUUGUGGAGCACACUGCCAACUCUUCUCUGCAUGAUGAGGGGAUGUUUGUAGAAUCUCCUGAAGACCCAAAGUUAGAACAUGUAGAAGUGGAAGAUACUUUGUUGGAGUUUGAACCCGAGAAAAUUACAACUUCAUGCCAGUGCAGUGUUCAAGAAGAUGAAAACUCUGAAGGAAGGACAGAUUCAGAACUUGUGGGGCCCACUGCUAACUCUCCCCUGCACGAUGAGGGAAAGUUUGCAGAAUCUCCUGAAGACCCAAAGUUAGAACAUGUAGAAGUGGAAGAUACUUCUUUGGAGUUUGUACCCGAGAAAGUUAUAACUUCAUGCCCGUGCAGUGGUCAAGAAGAUGAAAACUCUAAAGGAAGGACAGAUUCAGAAUUUGGGGGCCCCACUGCUAACUCUCCCCUGCACGAUGAGAGAAAGGUAUUGCUAUUUGAGGAACAGUUUGGAAAAUCCCUUGAAGACUCAAAAUUAGAGUAUUUAGAAGAGGAAGAUGCUCCUUUACAAUUUGGGACACCCAAGACAAUGAUAAAUUUAUGCAAUUCCAGUGUCAAGGAAGACAAAAACUCCAAUGGAAUGACAGAUACAAAACUUGUGGAGCCCACUGCCAACUCUCCCUUGCAUGAAGAGAGAAAGUUUGUAGAAUCCUCUCAAGAUCCAAAUGUAGAAGAUGUUAAAGUGGGAGAUAAUUUGGAGUGUGGAGCAUCCAAGACCAUGGUAAAUUCAUGCCAGUCCAGUGAUCAAGAAGAAAAACCCCUCUAUAAAAGGACAUGUGAUUCAAUACUUGUGGAACCCACUGACAAAUUUCCCCUGCAGUACGAUGACGUAAAGAAACACUUGCAUCCCCGGGUGCCAAAUCCUGAAAGUAAUGCAUUAGAAGUUGUACCGAAACAAACAUCUUUCGGCUAUCCCAAAAUUGUAGAGAAACCUAAAAGGAGACUCCAACCAGCUUCGUCCAUCCUAUUAAAGGAUAUUGGCAAUGUAGACUUCGUGGAUGAUAAUGAGAAGGUGAAGGGUACCAAAGCAGAAAGGAAAUCAGCAACAAUCAAUGUGAGGAAUAUAAGUGAUGGAAGUGUAUCUCUUCUUCGUUUGCUGACGGACCAAUUUCAUUAGCUUGUUAAAAAAUGUGCUGUAAAGUUUUUCCUGAAAACUAUGUUGAUUUAAUUUCUACUGUUGCGUAAGCAAUAUAAGUUUGAAAAUGAUAAACAUGCAGCUCAUGUUCAUUAACAGUUAAAUUUUCUUUCAAAGAUGAAUACUUUAACUUGAACCUUAAAUCUGGUAUACCCUAUCAAAGAUGACUGUCUAUUUUUAGGCUCACGUCAUUCUUUU